GAUGCGUGGGUUGUCAGCGGCAGCUUUCCCAAGUUCGACCUCGGGCCCGUGGUGGGGGAGGUCGCGCUGACCCUGGGGAGGCCUUGGAAGGCCCCGAAGGGAGGCGCGCCACUUGCGCUCGCAGGGCACGCGCCGUCAGGAGCCCUGGCGAUCAUGGAUGCGGUGCCGACCCCCGAUAGCAAGGCCCCAGCCGAGCUGGCUGUGGAGGAGGUCGCGCCUCUGAAGGUCAACGCUGGCGCGGGCGCCGCAGGGGCGCGCCCGACUGUGCACCCUGCGGGUCCGACUGUGCAGGACCAGGAGGGCGCGGCUGUCGAUGAGAUGCUGAAAGCGGCGAAGGAUGCCGUGCAUGACCGCCGUCUCUUCUCGCCCGCGAAGCUGCUCUCGCCCGAGUACAUGGACUUCUGGAUCGACCAAUUCCUGGACCAUGUUUCCCGCGCGAAGAAGACUCGCGGGAGUUUGUCGGAGCAGGAGUUCACCGCGAGUCUAGGGCCACCCUGCAGCAGGUUCCCCCCCGACAUUGUCACGUGGCUUUUGCAGGAGGAUGAGUGGGUGCCAGUCCAGGGUUUCGCCGAGAACGUGCAGGCCCGCGUCCAAGACUUCAGGUACCUGGUCCCGCCUCUGCUCCAGGUCAUCAUGGCGGAAGAGGGAGAUCUUGCUGGCCCGGAGUCGGUGAAGCAGCUCGGGGGGCUCCAGUAUCGCUCCGCGCUCUUCCUGUCGAAGAUGCACCGCGCCUGCAAGGCGCGCGGCAGGUCGAGGAAGUGCGAGCGCAUCCUUGCCGACGGCAAACCAUUAGCGGAGAAAGGCGUCGCCGCAAUGAAGGUCUUGGGGGCCCAUGCGGACGAGAUGUCGCGCCUGGCGUGGAUCGCCGAGGACUCCUCGCGUAUCGAGUUGCUGUCCGACUGGGAACCGAACCACCCAUGGUGCUGCGUGGGGCCGCUCGUCGGGGGCGCCGCGCAGUUGAAGAGCGCCCCGCGGGUGGCAGUCGCGAAGGCGGCGGAGUUUUUCCGCGAGUGCGCCGAGCUGAUCGACCACGUCCCCAACAGGGCGUGCAAGGAUCUGCGGAAGGAUUAUCGAAGGAUCAAGGCAAGGGGGCGGCAAAUCCAAUGCACGAGCCCGCGCGCCGAGUUCUGGUUUGAGUUCGUCGCUCGCAGCGAACUCUGCGAGCGCGGACUCGCGCCAGAAAGGCGUCGGGGUUUUCGGAUUUGCCAUUCGACGCCCCGCGAGGGCCACUUGUCCGAUGCGUGCGUGGGCCGCAUGUGGGCGGAAAUCCGCAGGGUCCGCAUGGGCGCGGCCUUUUCGGGGGUGCCAGAGAACUUCCCCGACGCGUUCAGGACCGCUGGGUGGCUUGAUUCCGACCUCCGGGGCCUCGGCGCCAUGGCUCGUCAAUGCCGGAGCAAGGGCGCGCGACUGGGCGCCGCGUUGGCGCAGAAGUGCGCGGGGGUCGAGGCCGUCUCCGCCGUGGGCAUGCCGACGGGCGAGGAUGGUUCCGACGCGGCCAGCGGCGAGCCCGCCGCUAAGAAGGCACAUGCAGGGGCGGCGGCGCUGCCAGGGCCGCCCGCCGUCGUGGCGCCCGCGGGCUCUGGCGGCGCCGGCAAGCCGAGCGCGGCGCAGGGGGGGUCCGCUCCCGCAGCUGCGCCUGGCGAAGCGGGGGCGAGCGGCGGCGGCGGCGCGAGCGAGGCGGUCGCCGCGGGGCCGCCGCCCGUGGCGGCAGAGGCGGGGCCGCCGCCCGCGGCGGCAGGGGCGGUCGCCGCGGGGGCGCCGCCCGAGGCUGCAGAGGGGGCCCCGGCAGAAUCGAGGGCCCGCGCUGUGGAGGCGCUGGCCCCCGUUGUGGCGGCCCCGACAGAGCCGCCUGCCCUGGCGACGGCCGUUGGCGUCUUCGCGGGGCCGGGCAAAG